CACUUGGGUAGGAGUUGUAUACAACAAUAACAGAAGGCGGGAAUUCAAAAUCAAAUUCGAAAUGGACGACCAACAAGAACAAGAAGAUCUUUUUCGCUGUGCCAUUUGCGGUAUCGCCGAGGGCGACUCGUCCAACUUGACUUCGCAGUCGAGUCUCCAGACAAAUGCUACGGUUGGCUGUGGCCAUCAAUUCUGUAAUUCUUGUAUUGAUCGAGAGCUCUCGCGCCGCCGGGAAUUCCCGUGUCCGAUCUGCGAAACACCCGUCAAGAAGGUGACACUCUCUACACGAACGCUCGACGACGUUUUGUGCGAGAAAGACACGAGCUGGAGACGCCGCGUGCUGAAGGUCUUUAACAAGACGCAACAGGAUUUUUCUUCGCUACUAGAGUACAACAAUUAUCUCGAGGAGGUGGAGGACAUUAUAUAUUCGAUCGUCAACGAGGAACCAAAUGCCGAGGAAUGCAAGGGAAAGAUAAAGGCAUACGAAGAAAACCACCGGACGGAAAUCGUCAUUCGACAAUCCCAGCGGGCCGACGAGGAACGCGCCAUACAGGAUCAGAUUGCCGCGGAGCAACGGGAAGCCGAGCGGCGCAAGCGUGAUCUACAGGAGGAAGAGAAGGCCAUCGCCCUGACAAAACGAAAGUUCAAGCAAGAGUCGGCGGAGGUCUUGCUGGGMGAGCGAGACGAGGUUUCUGCCGARCUCAAGGCCGCACAGAUGCAGGGCUAUCGCAACGAGCUCAAGCGACAGCGCGAGGGCCGACAGGCGAAUGCCGCCACAAUGUUCGUGUCGCCCCGAGUGCGGGAACCAGAGGGAGGCAUUCGCAAGCGAGACACAAACAAACUGGAUCGAGAAUUCUAUCGCAAGCGCCAGGCAGCGGGGUAAGUGCUAGGCAUACUUCGAGUAUGGAUAUGGGACGAAUGUCUGUCACGAUACGCGAUGCGAUGUGUUGCGUAUUCUCUAAGACUGACAUAGGACGUCACACUCACUGGUUUUCGUUUCGUGUUGCGCUUAUUUUAGUGGUGGAAUUCCAGCUGGCAGCCUGACAUCACAAGAACGAAAUUGGAACGAAACCGUUUCGACGCUCUUCGAAGGAAUGGUAUGCUAGCGCCACAAACAAACSGCUUCUGUUUCAAACCAAAUAMAAAAUCUUGUACAAUCCUUCGUAUGAAUAAAYUCCUUUCAAACCG